AUGCGUUUCACAAAGUUUUUCGCCGGCGUCACUGUUGCUCUGUCUGCAACCCAGACUCAGGCGACCGUCAGCCCAGGCGAGAUCGCAGAGACCUUUGAGCGUCUGACCAAUAUCGCCAGCGACAUCAUCCAGACAGUUGCGAGCCUGGAUAGUACAAAGAUCAUUACAAGCGUCCCAAGAAUCGCAGGCGAGUUUGGUCAGCUCGUUGAGGGAGUUGUCGACGCUGUCGAUGUGAUCGGGAACCCCGACCAGUACAAGGACAUUGGGAAGAGCGACCAGGACAAGAUCUGCGACGCCCUUGAGAAUUUUGUUGACAAGGCGCGUGACGCCGUGGACUCCAUCAUCGGAAAGGACAGCAUCCUCGGCCGAACACCCCUUGUGAGCAUCAUCGCUAAUGUUCUGAGCGUUGCUGCCGAUGCCCUCGAGGAGUUGGCCAAGUCGGCCGUCAACAUUGUCCCCGGAUGCAAGGAACGCAUUGAGAAGAAGCUGGAUCUCCUCCACAACUCUCUCGGUCGCGGUAUUACCAACUUUCGCGCCAAGGCUAUUGAGCAGCGUGACAUCCCCAUUUCCAUUCCUACUGCUAUUCCUACUGCUAUUCCUACUGGUAUCCCUACUGGUAUCCCUACUGGUAUCCCUACUGGUAUCCCUACUGGUAUCCCUACUGAUAUCCCUACUGAUAUCCCUACUGCUGCUCUUUCUUCUCUUGCCGAGCUUAUUGCCGAGCUUACUCCCAUUGCCUCUUCUCUCCCCCAGGUUACGGGCGGGCCUAUCCCCAUUCCUUUCCAGGCUUAA